AAGCAACACUUCAAAGAUCCAAGAAAACAAUGAAAACAGAACAUUACACUUUACAAGGAGAAAAAGAAUGAGCUCCUCUCAAGGCCCGACACCAAGCCAACGCGCGCCGAAAGCCCACUUGGAAACAUCACACGAAAUCCUGUCCUGCACCAUCAAGUCACCGCAGUUCUCGUACGCGCAGCUGGAGGUCGUCACGAACGGUUCUGAGCCCGUGCAGCUCGACGACCUGCAGGUCAAGUCGUACUGCACCGCGGCGCUGCGGCAGUUCCUGGGCCUCACUGGCGAGGCCAUCUCCCUUGACAUCCUUAAGGUGGACGGCGCCGAGUGCUGGCUGCGGGUGCCGAGACAGGACCUCGGGUCCUUUGCGGCCGCCAUCACGGCGUGGAAGGGCGCCGGCGAGGGCAGCGUGCACAACGCCCUGCGCAUCAAGCAGUGCUCCGACUGGCUAGGCGCCAUGGUGGGCUCGGACGGUCAGGAUAGGCUCUGGGACAGCUGAGGGGCCUACUAUGUCGACAUGCGUCAGGGAGCCAUGAGACUUUACUGGAGUCUUGAUCUACCCGGGUAUCUAUGUGCUGGUUACUUUCUACCCGCCCCAACCCACGAUCCAAGCCGUAUAUUCCAGGACGCCGGGUCGAUGCGUUGACGAUGCCGAUUCUUGAGGCCAAUCCACUGUCGCUUCCCAAGUCUUACAUCAGAGACGACAUGAGCGAGUUCUGGGCAUAAGCCUGAAACAGCGUUAGAGAAGGGCAUGCUCGAAGCAGCGAUCAGUCAGGGGAGGCAGGCCUUACCAUGGGCUUGAUGUCUGGGUGCGGCACGGCGUCGAACUGCUCAUACCUGAGCUUGUAGUCGGGGCCGAUAUUGAUAGCCACACAUCGGUAUACCUCAAGAGAAAAAGCAGAAAUGACUUACCCGUAAUACAACGUCCAUCGUGCUGCACUUCAUAGCCAUCCAUGCGUACCUCGUGGCUUCGAAUGACCGCCUCGAGGCCGUUCUUCUCG